CCCUAAAUAAUAUUAUAACUUCGUAAAAAGAAAUUAGAAUAAAUACCUUGCUUGCAAUCUCCCUCCCUCCAAAUUUAAAACUAACAAUAAAACGGCACCGGGUUCCUUAAUUCCUUUUACAUCACCACCGCCGCCGCCACUACCACCAAAAUAUCCCUUUAUUCCUUAAACGUCACAACUCACUCACUCACUCACUCCCUCCUCAGAGUCUCUUCCUUAGCCCCAACGCUCCAUUUCACCAUGGCCACAGUGGAUUUCGUCGACCCCCACUCCUACGCCUUUGCAUCUCAGCCACUCACCUCUCACAUCUCCCUUUCUCUCUACUUCGAUUUCCCUAGCUCCACCAUCCACGGCACCGCUCUCCUUACUCUCUCCGAUGAACAUAACGGCUCUUUCUUUCUCGACACCCGCUCACUCACCGUCCAUCAAGUUCUCGACGCCCAAACCCUAGCUUCUCUCCCCUUUUCUCUAUCUCCCACCGUUGAUCCAAUCAAAGGCCAACGCCUGGACGUCACCCUUAACAAUCACCGUGCCUUCGUAAUUUUGUUCUCUACCUCUCCCUCCUCGUCUGCUCUUCAAUGGCUCUCGCCUCCCCAAACUUUCAACAAGAUCCAUCCGUUUGUUUACACUCAGUGCCAGGCUAUCCACGCGCGCUCCAUCUUCCCCUGCCAGGACACGCCUGGCGCGCGUAUUUGUUACAAGGCGUCUCUCAACAUUCCCUGUCAGCUCUCGGCUGUCAUGGCCGCGCAACAUGUCGAUCGGCGCGCGCCCGUCCCCGGCGAGACUGAGAAAUUUGGCAGCAAUUGUUUCAAUUUUGACAUUGAGUCGUUGUGGUGUGCUGAAGGACGAGUUGUUGAAGUGUUUGAAAUGAACCAGCCCAUUCCGCCUUAUUUGUUUGCUUUCGCUGUGGGAGAGUUAGGGUUCCGUGAGGUGGGGCCCAGGACGAGGGUUUAUGCGGAAUCCGUGCCGGCUGUGUUGGACGCAGCAGCGCGUGAGUUUGCAGGCACGGAGGAGAUGAUAAGGCUAGCUGAGAAAUUGUUUGGGGAUUAUGAAUGGGAGAGAUUUGAUUUAUUGGUUUUGCCUCCGAGCUUUCCUUAUGGUGGGAUGGAGAAUCCAAGAAUGGUAUUUUUGACCCCCACUGUGAUCAAAGGUGAUGCAAGCGGUGCUCAAGUUGUAGCCCACGAGCUGGCACAUAGUUGGACUGGAAAUUUGAUUACUAAUCAGACCAAUGAGCAUUUUUGGUUGAAUGAGGGUUUUACAACAUAUGCGGAGAGAAGAAUUGUUGAGGUUGUUCAAGGAGAGGAUGUAGCUGCGUUAAAUAUUGGGAUUGGUUGGAGGGGUUUAAAUGAAGAAAUUGAGCGGUUUAAGGACAACUUAGAGUACACAAAGCUCAAAACUGCACAGGAAGGGGUGGACCCUGAUGAUGUGUAUUCUCAAGUGCCAUAUGAAAAGGGUUUCCAGUUUCUAUUGCGCAUUGAGCGCGAGAUUGGAAGGUCUGCUUUUGAUGAAUUCCUCAAAAAAUAUAUUGCCACCUUUAAAUUCAAGUCAAUUGAUACUGAUACAUUCCUCAAGUUUCUGCAAGAGAAUGUCCCUGGAAUAGGGAAACAGAUUGACUUAGAACUAUGGACUGAAGGCACUGGUAUUCCUUCAGAUGCCUAUGAACCAGUUUCCAGUAUCUAUACUAAGAUUGUAUCACUUGCAAAUGAAUUUAAGCUUGGGAAGAUACCAAGGGAGGAUGAAGUUGCUGAUUGGAAGGGACAGGAAUGGGAGCUCUACUUGGAGAACCUCCCCAAAUCUGUUGAAGCUUCACAGGUAUUAGCCUUGGAUGAACGAUAUCGACUGUCAGAAUCAAAGGACUAUGAGGUGAAAGUGGCAUUUCUCCAGCUGGCCCUUCUAUCCCAGUGCAGAGACUAUUACGGUGAGGUGGAGAAAACUUUGAAGGAAGUUGGUAGGAUGAAGUACCUUCGACCACUCUAUACUGGUCUGGUACAAGGAGUUGGAAAGGAAGAAGAGAAGAUCUUGGCGAAAAGGGUGUUCUCCGAGGCCCGUGACUCUUAUCAUCCAAUUGCCCAAGGUGUUGUCGAAUCUAUCUUUGCCAAGCACUUGUAGUAGUAAAUUGAUUACAUUAUGAAUAAAUUGAGGUGUGUUUGGCUUUGCCCAAUUUCCUGAAAUUUCAAACCUAAGCCUUCUGAUGUAUCCAGAAAGGCAAAACAGUCACUACUGGUUUAGGUUGACUUAUGCAGUUGAUAAAGUGUGUUGUAUUGAUAUUUGGCUCAUCUGAGAUCAACUUUGCCAGAAGUUUGAUUGUUUUGAUUUGACAUAAUAUGUAUUAAAAGCUUAUUGUAUUA